ACAUAUCAUCAAAGAAAUAUGCAACAAGAUAAAAGAAAUUCAAAACUACAGUUUGAGCGACCAGCAUAUAAGGGAACUGAACGACCAGAUAAAUAAAUUAAUUUCAAUUAAAAAUAAGUGGGAAAUUAGGAUAAUAGAGCUCGGUGGCCCGGAUUACCAAACGGAGUCGAACACGCUGAUCAAUGCGCACUGUAGCGAAUUGAAGGGAAACAACAACUACAAGUACUUCGGGGCAGCGAAAAAUUUGAAGGGCGUAAAGGAAUUACUAUUAAAAGAAAGCGAUGAUCGGAAAAAGUUCAUUUUAAAAAAAAAAAAGGAAAACAGGUUUUUUGAUAAAUAUGUAAAUAUUCAUUAUUUUGGUUAUUGUGAUGAUCAAAAUGAAAUGCUACUGAAGGAAGAAUUGAAAAUGCAGAAUCAACUCGAAAAAAAAGAUUUAAAAACAUUAAAAAAGAUGAGAUCACUAAAAAAUUAUAAUUAA